GUGUUUAACCGCGUGUGUGUGUGUGUAGUGGAGAAGGUAGCUGAGAAGGCGGAAGCUCUUGGUGAGUUAAACAUGAAGACUCGGAGGACACUGAAGGGCCAUGGCAACAAGGUGCUCUGUAUGGACUGGUGCAAAGACAAACGACGCAUUGUCAGCUCCUCACAGGAUGGGAAGGUCAUCGUAUGGGAUGCUUUCACCACCAAUAAGGAACAUGCAGUGACCAUGCCGACUACGUGGGUGAUGGCGUGUGCCUACGCCCCCUCUGGCUGUGCCAUCGCCUGUGGGGGAUUGGAUAAUAAGUGCUCAGUGUACCCUCUCUCAUUGGACAAGGACGAGAACUUGGCGGCCAAGAAGAAGUCGGUUGCCAUGCACACCAACUACCUGUCCGGCUGCACCUUCACCAACUCUGACAUGCAAGUUAGGGACUAGACUCACACAUACAUGCACACACACACACACAGACAUAGACACACUCAGACACACACAACACAAUGAGGAGAGGGAAGGAAAUUGAGAUUUUCAGAACAAGGAGGAGUGAAUGGAUAGAGGGAGGGAGGAAAAGAAGGAAGGAAAUAUUAGAUGUUUAAGGCUGUUAAUAAUUUAUCUCUGCUAGACAGGAGAGGAACUGUUGAGAAUUAUAGCUGGAUGAGGAGAAGGUGAUGAGAGUGGAGAGGAAACAGAAGUGGCCUAUAGAGAGAGAUGGCCGUCCAUUGUGAGUGUAUUAAUAGACAUUAAGAGGCCUUUAUCUGUCAGAGCUGAAAACUCAUACCUAAGGGCACAUACACACAAUCUGUCUCCCUAAUGCACUGGGGUCUGUUGGUGGGUGUUGAGCUGUGAAGACGUGUGUGUGGUGUGUGGAAUAAAGCACAGGGUUGUGGAGAGUCGAGACUACAUUGCCCCAGUCAAUCUCAGUUCAGUCUCACUUUCAUAUCAUUUUUGUCUGACGGGGAUGUUUCAUAUCUUUGUCUGACUGACAGGGGGAUGUUUCAUAUCAACCGUUUGGUUCCUAGUGAAUACACAGUUUGCACAUUUGGUUCCUAGUGAAUACACAGUUUGCACAUUUGGUUCUUAGUGAAUACACAGUUUGCACAUUUGGUUCCUAGUGAAUACACAGUUAGCACAUUGGGUUCUUAGUGAAUACACAGUUUGCACAUUUGGUUCCUAGUGAAUACACAGUUAGCACAUUUGGUUCCUAGUGAAUACACAGUUUGCACAUUUGGUUCCUAGUGAAUACACAGUUAGCACAUUUGGUUCCUAGUGA